AUGACGCAUGUGGAGGAUCAGUCUCAGACCAACAGUUGCUGCGCAAAUGCCGUGGCGGGAGCCUACGAGUACAUCAACAAGAGACAUGCCAUGCAAACUGGAGAUACCACGGCAGACAUUUCACGGAUGUUUAUUUAUUAUGUGGGACGGAAGAAGGACCAGAUGUCAUUCCACGAGGAUACAUCGGUCCAGCCCAAGGACGAAGGCAUGACCUUGGGAGGGGCCAUCAGUGCCCUGCAGCUGAAAGGGGCCUGCCUUGAGAAGAACUGGCCUUUUGAGCUAUCGCGCGUGAACGACCAGCCCAGCCGAGCCUGCUUUGACGAAGCCGUCCAGUUCAAGGUGGCCGAAUCCAAACAAGUCCCGGUGGAUCUUGAUGCUAUGAGGGAGUGUCUGGCCGAAGGGCAUCCCAUUGUUUUCGGUUUGAAGUUGACUGCGCAGUUUUUCAAGCCGCUCCCUGGCGGUGGCAUCCAGACCCCGGAUCCUUCAGACCCCCAGUCUUCGGAGCACGGUCUCCACGCGAUGCUUAUCGUGGGCUACAAUGACAGACAGGAAUGCUUCAUUGUCCGCAACAGCUGGGGCACCUCAUGGGGUGAUCGGGGCUAUGGGUAUGUCCCAUACGACUACAUUUGCAACUCGGACUUCAACUUCCUGGGUCAGUAUUGUAUCGUUGGCCUUACACAGGUGGACUUCACGCCAGAUCCGGACGACGGCAACAAUUACAACUACCAGCAGGAUGGAGACUAUGAAGUCGAUUACGAGGAGGUUACGGACGACGAGGGGGAAGAUGUCGAAGAUGACUUCGAUCCGGCUGAAGAGUUCGACGAGAGAAACGAGGCGGCGCGCGUCUUCAAGCUGUUCGACCGUGACGGAACUGGGUCCAUCGACCAGGGUGAACUCUUUACUUGCUUCCUGUUCAAUGGCAUCAAGGUCAGUCCAGCUGAGAUCCCGAAGCUCUUGGCUGAUCAUGACCUCGACGGGGGCGGCCACCUUGACUUCGAGGAGUUUUACUCCGUGAUGAAAGCUGUUCAGCACCGGAAGGGAGGUUUACCCUGCUUCUGA